CAAACUCUUGGAAGAUGCCGGUGGAUAUUCGCCCCUCAUCCCCCUCGUAGGGUUAGGGUUUUCUCUGGCGGUGGGCAGUGUGGCGUCCAGCAGCGGAGCGCGGUCGAGCGGGAUGGCGGACGGCGCUGAGACCGACAAGAACAUCGAGAUAUGGAAGAUCAAAAAGCUGAUCAAGGCGCUGGAAUCCGCGAGGGGCAACGGCACCAGCAUGAUCUCGCUCAUCAUGCCGCCGCGCGACCAGGUCAAUCGCGUCCAGAAGAUGCUUGGCGACGAAUUCGGCACGGCCUCCAACAUCAAGAACCGCGUGAAUCGCCAGUCGGUGCUCGGCGCCAUCACCUCCGCCCAGCAGCGCCUCAAGCUCUACAACAAGGUGCCGCCCAAUGGCCUGGUGCUCUACACGGGCACCAUCGUCACCGAGGACGGCAAGGAGAAGAAGGUGACCAUCGACUUCGAGCCUUUCAAGCCCAUCAACGCGUCGCUCUACCUCUGCGACAACAAGUUCCACACCGAGGCGCUCAACGAGCUCCUGGAGUCCGACGAGAAGUUCGGCUUCAUCAUCAUGGAUGGAAACGGGACCCUCUUUGGCACGCUCAGCGGCAACACUCGCGAGGUUCUCCACAAGUUCACGGUGGAUCUGCCCAAGAAGCACGGCCGUGGAGGGCAGUCGGCGCUGCGUUUCGCGAGGCUCCGGAUGGAGAAGAGGCACAACUACGUGAGGAAGACCGCGGAGCUAGCGACGCAGUUCUUCGUCAACCCGGUGACGAGCCAGCCCAACGUUGCCGGGCUCAUCCUCGCGGGGUCGGCGGACUUCAAGACGGAGCUCGGGCAGUCGGACAUGUUUGAUCCACGGCUCCAGACCAAGGUGCUCAACGUGGUGGACGUUUCCUACGGCGGGGAGAAUGGGUUCAACCAGGCGAUCGAGCUCUCGGCCGAGAUCCUGUCCAACGUCAAGUUCAUCCAGGAGAAGCGGCUGAUUGGCAAGUACUUUGAGGAGAUCAGCCAGGACACGGGCAAGUACGUGUUUGGCAUCGAUGACACGCUCAAGGCGCUGGAGAUGGGGGCGGUGGAGACGCUCAUCGUGUGGGAGGCGCUGGAGGUGAUGCGCUACACGCUCAAGCACUCGGUGAGCGGGGAGAUCAUCAUCAAGCACCUGAGCAAGGAGCACGAGUCGGACCAGUCGCACUUCCGGGACCCGGAGACGCAGGCGGAGCUGGAGGUGCAGGACAAGAUCGCGCUGCUCGAGUGGUUUGCGAACGAGUACCGGCGGUUUGGGUGCACGCUCGAGUUCAUCACCAACAAGUCCCAGGAGGGGUCGCAGUUUUGCCGGGGCUUUGGAGGGAUCGGAGGGAUCUUGCGCUACCAGCUGGACAUGAGGACCUUCGAUGAGAUCUCCGACGACGAGGGCGUGUACGACGACUCGGACUAGGAAUUUGUCUCCGCUCGGCUUCACGGCAGUACGCCAAACUCUGCAUCGUCGACAACACUCAUCCAGGAUGGAUUUGGUCGCGGGAACGUAAUAACCAUGUGAAUUGGAGCUUCUAAAAAUCAAGCAGUCUAGUCCGAAGAAGGAAGCUAACAGGUUUCUAGUUUCAUCGUUGUUUCGUGAUUUUCUUUCACCUUGUUUUGUGUAAUCGUAUGUGUGGCCAUCAAAUGAAAUAGUCAUAACUUCAAAUUGAGAAUUGU